AAGACGAGAGGUUACCAGAGCAUGUACCAUCGCCUCAAGGUCCUUCCGGUCCAGUAUUCUCCUACCGACAUACAUUAUCGCGGUGGUGGUGUCCAGCUUUCGGCUGCUUUUUGCCCAUCUCUGCCCUGCGCACCAUGGUGACCUACCAUAUCCGGAAAUACCGACCUGAGGACUAUGAGACGGUGCGUGACUUGUUUGCCACAGGGAUGAGCGAAUAUGUGCCAACCUUGUGUGUGCACAUGCUGAAGCAGCCCUGGCUAAUCCUGGUCCUGGCCUGCACCUUCUGCCUCCUGCUCACCAGCUCCAAGUCGCUCCUCCUGCCCAUUCUUGCUGUCACCCUGCUGCUAGCUGUGGGCCGCCAGCUCCUGGGCUACAUCUGGUCCAUGUACAUUGACCACUGCCUGCAGGAGGACCUGCUGGACAUCCAAGCCACUUACCUGGCGGACAGAGGGGCCUGUUUCUGGGUAGCUGAGGUGGACGAUUGUGUGGUGGCCAUUGUGGGAGCCAGGCCCUCUGAGGAGCACCAGGAUGAGCUCAUGUUGAAGCGCAUGUCAGUUCGAAAGGACUAUCGAGGCCAUGGCAUCGCCAAGGCCCUGUGCAGGGCAGUGAUUUCCUUUGCCCAAGAGCAUGGGUACAGUUCAGUGGUGCUGAACACCCUCAUGGUUCAACAUGAAGCCCGUGCCAUGUACGAGGGGGUGGGCUUCCAUGUGUAUCGCCACUAUGUCGUCCCCACUGUCUAUGGCAGGUUGGCCAACUGUACUGUUUCCAAGUAUCGGUAUGAUAUACCCUCUGUGGACUGAGGAGGAAAAUGGAUGGUGGCUGGUUUGGACAUUUCAGUGAUUUUUGUCCGUUGGACAUUGGGUGCAUCAGGCUCUGUGGAAUGAAGAGGAAGGAGGAGAAGUGGCUGGCUUGGGGCACUGAGUCAAGUUUACACAUUCCUCCAUUGUGGUGACAGGCUUUUGGAUUGUUGUAGUAGGCACUCACAAGCUCUAAAGAGUUUGUAAUGAAGAAAGCCAAAACAAAACUUCAGAAGGUCUCUCUUUCCACCUUUUUUAUUUUGUUCAUAAGUGAGUGGGAACUCUGAUUUUGAACCAGACAUGGCUUGUAGAAUUAUGUUUUGUUUGCUGAGAAAAAGAGGGCUUCUCUAUUCAUGGAUCUUCUCCCCAGCCUCACCUUGAUGGCUAUAAACAAGCCUGGCUGCUUUUUUCUUGAGAGAACCGUUCUUGAAGCGUGUGGCAAAUGACUGUCUCUAAAGCCAGAGGCAGUGGUGCAACUCUUGCUCCUCUUGCAAUGGGUUGGGGUCUUUUUGCCAACUGGGAUGGACUCAGUAUAUCCAGAGGCCUUUUCAGCGUAUGAUGUUGCUACAGAAACUUCUGUGUGUUUCCUCAGGGUAUGUGGUGCAUUGUGCUCAGUAUGUUUGGACCCACAGGAAAGCAUCCCCUCAAAUAUGAUCCUAAUUUUAAUUUGUUGUUGCCGCCUGCUCUCAAGUUAACCUCAACUCAUGGUCAUAGAAACAUAGAGUUGGAAGAGACUCUGUGGAUGAAACAUCUUCAAGAUUCCCUGUCUUCAACUGCUCUGCUCAGGCCCUGCAGGAUCAGGACCAUGGCCUCCCAAAUCGAGUCCAAUCACUGGCGGGUGGUCUUCCUCUCUUUCUACAUCCCUCUAUCUUUCUCAACACCAUUAUCUUUUCAGAUGACUCAUAAACAUAGAAAUCCCCUGUCAUCGUGUGGGUUGGGUGUGCUUUCAUGGAGACCAGGGAUUGCUUUCUCCCAGCCUUCACAUUAGGGUCUGGAAAUUGUUAGUAAUUUUGCCAUCCACCUUCUAACAUCCUGGACUUGGUAGACAUAUUGGACUGCAGCUCCCAUGCUGGAUGGUGAUGGAAGUUGUAGUUGCAACCGAGAGUACAUCAGGGUAGGGGAAGCCCAUGUUGUAUAAACCAGUGGUGGGCUAAGUGCUGCCCUCCAGACAUUGUUGAAUUGCAUCUCCCAGUAUUCACCACCAGUGGCUCUUCUGAAUAGGGCUUAUGGGAGCUGCAAUCCAACCACACUUUAGAGAACCACGUUUUGCUUAUCCCAUAGUCGGGUUUAGGGGAAAUUAAAUAAAAUAAAACACUGAC